AUGUCGUCUUCGUCAACGUCGUCCUCUUUUGAUUCUUUCGGUUCCGAGGAUUACAAUGAUGCCGUUGUUGGCGCCAUUACUUUGGCAAUGAGGGUCGCGCAAGAGGAGGAGGAAGAGGAAGAAGAAGAGAGGCCGCGUUUUAGAAGAAGGGUGGUUCUUGUACGUCGUCGCGCAGAGGCACAAGAAAACUUGAUGCGAGACUACUUCGCGGAUCAACCGACUUACACCACGAGACAAUUUAGACGACGGUUUAGAAUGCAUAAGGGUGUAGUUCGAUUGUAUGGCCGUACAUGCCUACGUAGACCAACAUGGACUGAUCUUCAGCGUAUAUAUGAUGUGCAUGAAAGAGUUCAUGGUUUUCCCGGUAUGAUUGGUAGUAUUGACUGGUCUUAUAAUGACAUCAACGUGUUCAAGUCAUCUCCUGUGCUUGAAGAUCUUAUAUCCGGUUUGGCGCCCUCAGCUUCCUUUUAUGCAAAUGGUAACUUCUACGAGAGAGGGUACUACUUAGGCGACGGGAUAUACCCCAAGUAUGCUACAUUCGUCAAGACUUUUACCGAUCUAAUUGACGAGAAGAGAAAGCUUUUUAAGAAAAAGCAAGAGUUGGCACGUAAGGGUAUAGAAAGGGCUUUUGGUGUGUUGAAGAAAAGAUGGAAGGUCCUUAAUCAUUCGGCUCAGUAUUGGAACAAGGCACUUAUGCAAGACGUGAUUUAUGCUUGUAUCAUCUUGCAUAACAUGAUAUUGGAGGACGAGGACAAGGCCAUAUGUCAAGACUACAAUCCGGAUGAACCUUCUCUAGUUCCGGGCCAUUGGGAACAAAUGACUUCACUCGAACAACGAAUUCAAAACCGUCAUGCUAUUAAAAGCCGAGAAACACACAAUAUGCUUACGGUGGACUUGGUUGAUCAUCUUUGGUCGACCCAAGCACAUGACUUUGAUCCCGAUAACGUGGUCCUCCUGGAUCUCAACGAGUAUGUUAGUUCGGACGAUAAGUAG